AUGAAGUUCCUGAUCUGCACUUUGGCCGUGCUGGGCGCUGCACAGGCGGGUUUGUUGCCACAUGUGGACCAUCACGAUCAAUUCGAUCAUCACGACUUGCAUCACGACUUCGUGGACGCCGAUGUGCAUCACUCGGAUGGCAUACAUUUGGGCCACUCCUCGGCAGUGGUCAUUGAUGGAGCCGAGCAUCCGCAUCCUGUCUACCAUCACCACGAUGAGCAUGUCGGCCAUUUGGAUGUGCAUCAUACGGAUGUGCAUGCCCCAGCGGCCAAGAUUGUCCACCACGACGCCAUCCAUCAAGUGGAGCCGGUGCAUCACGUGACCAAGGUGGUGCAUCACGAGCCCCACCACUUCCUGCACUACACCAAUCCCGUGGUCGAUCACCAUGUGGUUCAUCACAAUGCCCACGUCGAUGAACAUGUCCAUGCCGCCGAUUUGCAUCACAGCGAUCUCCACCAUGGCUAUGGCCAUGGCUAUGUGCACCAUCAUUCGGCCCCUCUGGUGCACCACCAUCAUCACAGUCAUGCCGCUUUAGUCCAUAAGGUGUAUCCCGCUCAUCUGGACACGCACAGCCCUGCGAACAUCUUGGCCUUUGCCAAGCACCAUCUGCACGGCAAAUACGGCAAAGUGAGAAUCACUGAGACGCAUUAUUAA